UCGGCUUCUGACUCUGACAGUCAGUUGGUGAUUGACCGCCGUACCGGUUUGAAAAAAUGUUCGUCACUCUGCUUAUCACUUGUUUUUGUAUUUUCCAGUGCAGUGUUUCGGCCAGUGAUUAUCCGCAAGUUGAAAUCAGUGACGGACUAUUGAGAGGAAAGUUUUGGAAAACAAGAAACAAUCGGAAGUUUAGUGGUUUCACCAGCAUUCCUUAUGCGAAACCACCUGUUGGGCCACUUAGAUUUAAGCCACCGGUUCCCAUUGAUCCUUGGGAUGGAACAAUAAAUGCCACGGAAACUCAUGCUGUUUGUCCUCAAAGAGAUGUUUAUAGGAGAUCAAAUAUCAUUGAGGGAGAGGAGGACUGUUUAUAUUUGAAUGUUUACACACCAAAGCUAUCAAGAUUUGAUGCAGAUCCACUACCCGUAAUGGUCUUCUUUCAUGGGGGAGGCUGGUUAGCUGGGGGUGGCAAUUCCCUCUGGUAUGGACCCGACAUCUUCCUUGACAGAGACAUAGUCCUUGUCGUUACCAAUUACAGAUUAGGUGCUUUGGGAUUCUUAACAACAGGAGAUGAAGUCGUCCCAGGCAACAAUGGUUUGAAGGAUCAAAAUUUGGCUUUAAAAUGGACGAAGAAAAAUAUAGCAAAGUUUGGCGGAGACCCCGAGAGCAUCACUAUCUUUGGUGAAUCUGCCGGAGGAGCCAGUUCACAAUAUCAUAUGUUGUCCCCGUUAAGCAGAGGUCUCUUCAAAGGAGCAAUACUUGAAAGUGGCACAACAUUGUGUCCUUGGGCGUUCUCAGAAAACAACGAGGGCCUCAAGAAUUCAGAGAAAUUAGCCAUUGCUUUAGAUUGUCCCACCCAACCUAGAAAAGAUAUGGUGGAAUGUCUAAGAAAAGUCGAUCCAGUCACUAUUAUAGAACAAGAUGAAAUCUUCAAGGUAUGGGACUACGAUCCAAUGAUACCCUUUAAACCAUCAGUGGAACCAAAACAUGAAGGUGCUUUUCUACCUGAUCAUCCACUCAAUUUGAUUAAAUCCGGACAAAGUAUGGAUGUACCCAUAAUAGUUGGGUUGAAUACAGAAGAUGGCAGUUUGAAAGUAGCAGGGUAUGAAAACUUCAACCUUACUAGUGAGUUUGAUGAGAGAUUUGAUGAACUUGUUCCUAUAUCAUUCGAGUUUGAUAGAUAUGUAGAAAAUACUGACACCAUAACAAGGAAUUUGAGGAAAUUCUAUUUUGGAAAUAAAAAGAUAGAUUCAUCGACUAUUGGUGAUGUUGUGAAUCUUUAUACUGAUGGCUGGUUUCUCAAAGGUGCCGAUGACGUGGUGAGACUACAGACCAAGUAUUACCAGAGCCCUGUGUAUUAUUAUCUAUUUGGGUACCGAGGAAGUACUAGUAUGACAAAAAUUUUCAAUGGAGGAGACACGGACUACGGAGUAUGUCAUGCUGAUGAGUUACAGUAUCUAUUUCCUCUUGGAGAUGGACUGUUUCCAGAUGUUCCACCUUCCGAAGAGGAUAAACGAACUGCAGAACUUUUAACAACACUCUGGGCAAACUUUGCAAAAACCGGAAACCCAUCGCCUGAGGUAACCGAUAUAAUUCCCGAACUAUGGACUCCAUACUCCUUGAGAAAUGAGGAAUACUAUUACAUCGAUGAAAAAUCAACGGAAAUGAGAUCUGGAAUUUACCCAGAAAGAAUUCAACUCUGGAGAUCAGUGAUAAAUGAUCCAGUAACUGAUUUGAGAAUUGAAUUAUAGGUUUAUUAAUUUGAUUUUACUUAUAGGUUUCCAAUAAAUUGUAAAGGGUAUCCCUCAAAACCCAAGAACUGCAUGUGUAUCUCACUUUAUGUACUAGAAUGUGUUUUUUACAAAUAUCUCAGGAAAUCGAAAGCAACGGUGCAAAUAUAAAUGAAUGUUAUUCUAUUUUGUUAUUAUAUGCAGAUGUCAUUAAAACUUUGAAAUAACUUUAA